AUGGCUUCCCCAACCCUCAAACUCAACUCCGGAUAUGAGAUGCCACAAGUUGGUUUCGGCUUAUGGAAAGUCGACAAUGCUACUUGCGCCGAUACAGUAUACAACGCCAUUAAGACUGGAUAUCGUCUAUUUGACGGAGCAUGCGACUACGGCAACGAAGUCGAAGCCGGACAAGGUGUAGCCCGCGCCAUCAAAGAAGGCCUCGUAAAACGCGAAGACCUAUUCAUCGUCUCGAAACUGUGGAACAGUUUCCACGACCAAGAGCGCGUGGGACCCAUUGCGCGCAAACAACUUGCCGAUUGGGGCAUUGAUUAUUUCGAUCUGUAUAUUGUGCAUUUCCCCGUUGCGCUGCGCUAUGUAGAUCCAUCUGUGCGUUAUCCACCCGGAUGGCAAUACAGCGAUAAGGAAGGGGAUGUGCAGCAGAGUAAGGCGAGUAUUCAGGAGACGUGGCAGGCGAUGGAGAAGUUGGUUGAUGAUGGUUUGGCAAAGAGUAUCGGUGUUAGCAAUUUCCAGGGCGCGUUGUUGAUCGAUUUGUUGAGGUAUGCGAGGGUUAGACCUGCUACUUUGCAGAUUGAACAUCAUCCAUAUUUGGUUCAAAAUACUUUGUUGAAGUUGGCUGAGAGUGAGGGUAUUAAGGUUACUGCUUACUCAUCAUUCGGACCACAAUCAUUCAUCGAGCUUGGCUGGGAUAACGCCCAAACCACCCCUCCACUCUUCGAGCACCCAGAUAUCCUAAAGAUUGCCGAGAAGACCAAGAAGACUCCCGCUCAAGUUUUACUACGCUGGGCAACCCAACGAGGCCUCGCCGUCAUUCCCAAAUCCAACAACCAAGCCCGUCUGGAGCAAAACUUACACGUUACCGAUUUCGAUUUGGAGAAGGCAGAUUUAGAAUCAAUUUCUAAAUUGGACCGCAAUUUGAGAUUUAACAACCCUACUGAUUAUCUCGGAACAUUACACAUUUUCGCAUAA